AUGCUGGCCUGCGUCGCACGCGCGCAAAGUCCCUUGCUGAGCGCCGCCUGCCGCGCCGCGGCCGCGCGCACGACGAAGCCGCUGCGCGACUGCAUCAACCUGGCGCCGCCGUCCACGGGCACGCGCUCGCUCACGCAACUCAUGGAGCUGUACAGCCCCUACGCGCACCACGACCACCGCGUCACCGUGGCGAACGUCCAGGCCGCCGACUUCGCCGCCGGGGACCCCCCAGGGGACGCCGACGCCGCGGCGCCCGCGCACUGGCUCCACCGCUACCGCGACCGAAACCUGACGACGCCGUCGUGCUUCGUGGUCACGCUGAGGGACCCGGCGGCGCGCGUCCACAGCUCCAUCAAUAAUUGCCGCAAGGGCGAGAACUGCUUCAAGAAGAACCUGCACUGGUGCCGGGAGUUCGCGGCCUGGAAUUGGACGGCCGACGCCGUCGCCGCCGCGUACUUCGACGAGACCGACCCGGGCCACGCGACGGUCAACGCGCGCACCUGCUGGGGCCUCGACAUCUCCACGGCGCAGAAAUACCUCGGCGGCCUGGACUGCGCGACGGCGGAGGUCCACUACGUCUGCACGGACCGGCUCCUGGAGGACUUUGCGGCGCUGGUCGCGAGACUCGGCGACAACGCCUCGAAGCUCGAGGCCCUCGAGCGCUCGGGCGCGGACCUCCACCGCACGGGCAACCGCUUCCGCAACGCGUCGCGGCGGCUCGCCGAGCUGAAGUACGGCGAGCGCAUCGCGCCGUGGUACUCGUCCCAGCUCUCGGACGACGUGGCGGCGUGGCUCCGGGCGGACGUGUUCCCCGACGACGCGGCGCUCCACGCGGCCUACUGCGGGGGAUAA